CUUUAUUUUUGUAUGAGGUAAAGUUGUUGCAACAUGUAGGGGGGUCACAAUGACCCGAAGAUAACACAUAGGAUUAAAAUGUUCACUAGAGUGCCAGUGCAUAAUUUCAUAAUAUGCUUUGUUUGUUCUUGUUAGAGCAUGCAGAAUUUGUCUGCUUGGUGCAAUUAAUAAUGCAGAGAGAACGCCAGAGCAGCCUUCAAAUUACGUAAUCAAAUAUUCCACAUUUUAUCUGUCAUUGUGUUUCUCUGCCGUUGUUUAAAACAGUAAGGAGAACGCCUCAGUAUUAUAUGCAAAUGUACAUCAUGCAAACAAAUGUAAAGUAGUAUGAGAAAGCAACAGUCCUGCAUACAAGCAUCCUUAUGUAAUAUUCAUAGGGUAUUUUGAUUUCCCUAUCCCAUUUAUGUUGUUAUUUGAUUGUCAGAUAUGUUUCUGAGUGAAAGAAAUGUCCUUGAAUUCAGUGAGAGAAAUGUAUUCAACGAGAACAACAUGUUCUCCAUUAUCUCAUAAAUCGAACAUUGUUUCUUUUUUGUCACACCAACAACCUCGGGGUCUGAAUGUUUAGAAGGGUGCCCUGUCAGACUUGCUUCUUGGAUCAUUAGCCUACAAUACCUAGUUCAUAAUAUGAAAAGUCCAGUGUUGGAGGUAUUGAGAGAUGUGUGUUCUUGAUUUGACUGUGAUUCUUGAUUUACAUUGUGUAUCAAUGCCUUUAUUAAUGUGCAGUUCAUAAGAGGCAUCCCCAUUCUAAAUGUUUUAUCUAAUAUUAUGUCACCUGGGAACCAGUUCGGAUUUGUUCAUGUAGGCCUAUAAAACAAUUGGUCAGAAGAAAUUCACAUGCAGGCAUGUCUCACAUUUUGGGCCAUUCAAAGUGUCUUGUUUGUUUGGUGCUUGAUAAUUAACUUUAAUUGGAGCUUAUCGUGGUUUUGAAACAAUACUUCCAAUAGCGCAUUCUCUUAACAUUAAUCAAUUAUUUUGUCUGCAACCUUUCUUCCCACGCCUGUUAAACGGUGGUCCUACACACUAGUAUCAAAUUUGACUGCAUUGUAUUAUUAAUGUCCGUUAGCAGAAAGAGCCAGAUAACUGUUUAAACACAGUUCAUAAAACAUUUACAAGAUAUUUAUUCUCGUGGUUUUCUAUGUCCGAGAAGAAAUGCAUAACGGUGUAAGUUUUUUUGCAUUCUGAUACAUACUCACAUUCACAUAAUCAGCCGGUUUGGUGUGCAAAUCAUGAAAUCCUCGAGCCCUGUUCCUAUUGGUCAUUUCUCAAGUUCCGCCAUAUUCAAACUUCCGCCGUCAUGCGUCUACCGUCCCAAGAUUUUUAUCUUCGUCGUAUUGUUUUUGUAAGGGUUUAGUUUACCAGAUCCAUGCCAUACUUGAAUCUGAAUUUUUGAUUUUUACCACACACAAUUUCUCAAAUGGAGGAAAAAGAGGAAGUCGACUCUAUUGCAGGGAAAAAGAUGAAACGCCGUAGAGUGUUUUCAACCAGGCCUUCUACCGUCAACACGGGUUCCGAGACAUCCCCCGACUCGGCAAGGAUCAACUCCAAAAAACCUCCACUGCAGAGGGGUAGUUCCUUUACCUUCCUAACACCAGGGACACCAUGGGAUUUCAGUCUGAAAAGAAAACGCAAAGAGAAGGACGAUGACACUGUCAGUCUGUCCAGUUUUGACCUCAAGGAACCUAGUGUCAAGCGUGUCCGUCCACUGGGAAGAGUGUCAUCACUGGCCAAUCUGAUCUCCCCCUCCAAGAAUGGUGCAGUCCGACGCUUUGGUCAGACCAUCCAGUCCAUGUCCUUGCGUAGUGAUGGCAAGUCUCCAAGCAUGUCCCAGAAGUCCUGCAGCAAGGCAGUAGCCCAGACUCCCACCAAACGAAGGAACAGCACACUGUGGUCUGAGAGCCUAGAUGUCCAUCAGAAGAGCACAUAUUCCACCAAAGAGAUCAAGAGACAGGAGGCCAUUCAUGAACUACUCAGAGGGGAGCAGGAUCUCAUUGAGGAUCUCCAAAUGGCAAGAAAGGCAUAUCACGACCCUAUGCUGAAGCUCUCCAUCAUGACAGACGAGGAGCUGGCAAUAAUAUUUGGAGAUCUGGAUGCUUACAUCCCUUUGCAUGAAGAUCUGUUGACUAAGCUUGCUAAUGGAACAGGCCCCAAUGGAACAGUAGGCCAGAUUGGACAGAUAGUCAUAGACUGGUUGCCUGGGCUGAAUGCAUACAAAGAAUACUGCAGUAACCAGCUGGCAGCCAAAGCUCUGCUGGACCAGAAGAAGCAGGACCGCAGAGUCCAUGACUUCUUGCAGCGAUGCCAAGAGUCGCCUUUUAGCAGGAAGCUGGACCUGUGGAGCUUCUUGGACAUUCCUCGCUCACGCCUGGUCAAAUACCCCCUACUGCUGAGGGAGAUCUUGAGACACACCUCACCAGAGCAUCCUGACAUAGCCUGUCUGGAGAGAGCAAUUGUUAUAAUCCAGGGAGUUCUGUCUGACAUCAACAUGAGAAAGGGAGAAUCUGAGUGCCAGUACUACAUUAAUAAACUGGAGUACCUGGAUGAGAAGCAGAGAGACCCUGUCAUUGACAGCUGCAAGACGCUUCUGUGUCACGGAGAACUGCGUAAUAAGAGUGGCUCGAAACUGCAUGUAUUCUUGUUCUCUGAGCUACUGGUCCUAACCCGGCCAGUGAUGAGGAAUGAGAGGAGCUGCUUUCAGGUGUACCGGCAGCCCAUACCAGUCCGGGAUCUGGCCCUGGAGGAAUUGCAGGAUGGGGAGAUCCGAAUGGGAGGCUCUUUCAGGGGAGUUCUUAGCAAUGGAGAGAAAGCCAAGAACAUUUUCCGUGUGCGUUCCAUGGAUCCAUCCCACGGCCAGUCCCACACCCUCCAGGUCAAUGAUGUCUUCCACAAACAGCAAUGGCUCAACUGCCUGCGCAGUGCUAUUAAUUUACACCAGAAGUCUCAUCCCACUGACCACAAUGAGUCUAUCAGUGUUGAGCGACACUCUGCAGUUAUUUCUGAUGAAGUUUCAGGUGAGAACUGUCCCCAGUUCUCUGAGCCGAACCCUUGUCCUCAAACCCCUUCCUCAAACUCCUCUUCCCUCAAACGUAAACUGUACAGAAAGUGCAGUGGUAGUUCACUGGGGAAGAGGAAGGAGACAGGAGUGUAGGUACCAGAUCUACACUGAAUCUGUACAGGCGCUUUUGAGACAAGCACUUGAACAAUGUUUUGAUUUGUAUCUUGGACUUAUUCUUGUGUGCUAGACUAGUAUAUUUCCAUUGCAUACCUAUUUUGUAGUGGUUUUGCCAUAGCACAAGCUUGUCGUUAGUGAUGGCACUGGAAACUAUUUAGCUAUGUAAAACCCCCCCGUCCAGUUUGUGUGGUUUAUUGUCCCAUCAAAGUGAAUAGAAUUGUCUCAGUACAGACCUAUUUGUAGCUUACAAGGGAAUAUUCACACAGCAUGUGCCAAUGUGACUGAAUUAAUGUUUACAGCAGUUUAGUGAAAAUAUUUUUGCUCAAAUGACUAACUUUGUUUCUUGUAUUCAUAGCAUUGUUUAGAACUCGUGUAAUGUGGUAAGGUCAUUGUAGUUUACAUGUAACUCUUUUCCACAGUCCUUGAUUAAUUGCUGUCCGUCCUGCAGGUGUGGUCUAUUGGAUGCUAUUGAGAUCACAAAGGCUUUGGCCAUUUCUCUUUUUAAUGCAGCAGCUAGUGUUCUUGAUCUUCAGCCAGUAGAUGUUAUUUACAAAAACAUGUAAAUAAUUUGUCAGAUAAAGGAUAUCUGGAGAAAAGGGAGAUAAAUGCUGGGAAAAGUUUGUGUUUGUGGGGUCAGUGACAGGGUGUGAGGUCUGUGAGUUAAGAAUGGUUUCUAUGAAGGUUCACUUGGUUGUGGGAAUAACGAAUGAAGCGAUUACCAGAACAAAGAUCUGACAUUAGACUACAUGUGAUGACGGGAUAGAAAAAGAAACGCUGUAAAACUACCUGUAUGUGUGAAGACAAAUCGAAACAAUAAAGAAACCAAUUUGGGAUUUGAA